GCUAACGAUAAUUGAUCCGAAUUUUCUCAAAUGACGAAACCGCGGCAAAUCUGAAUUAAAGGUUCUAGUAAAAUUAUGCCAUUUCAACGAUUUUCUAGAUCUAGACGUCAACCUAAAUGGAUAUUCAAGCAAAUUUUAGCAGAUAAUAUUUCAAAACGCCCAGCACAUCCUGCAAAAAUUGUCAAACAUGUAUCAGGACCUUUGGCAGAUGGGAGUGUUGUAAAAGAAAUCAGUGAUUUUGAAGUGUACAUCAAAGCAGUCUUUAGUCCAGAGUCUUUGAAUGAAAUCAGAAGUGAAUAUGACUCUGAGUUGGACUGGAGUAAAGCUCUGAUUAUUUUGAACAAGUACACAGUAGAAUUCAAGUCUCAUGAGGAACUAAAAUUUUGUGAAUUCUACAUCAGAGUGGAGAAAUUCCAAAUUUGGGAUGUGCAAGAGGGCUUUGAUCUGAAAGAAGAUGUCAAAUUCUGCAUGGACAACACUGCUGUCCAGGAAAGGGCAAAGGUCAAAUGGGAUGAAAUGAGGAGCUGUCAUUCUGAGAGUUUUUCUCUGACCCAGUUCCUAGAAGCCAUGAUACAAAAUACUUCAACAAUGAGUCAGAGUCAAAAAGGAAGUGAUUCUCUGAAUACGUUUCCAAUUCCAGAGGAAUCCCAGAGCUUUCCAGUCAAUAUUAAUGUCGCUGAAGUAAGUCCAGAGGAUAACCUAAAAUCCACCUUUAGUCCAUGUGAAUUUAUUAUCAGCAACUCCCAGCAAAAAGAACUAGAGAAUAUAAAAGAAUGGGAAGAAAAUUACAUCCCCGCCCAGUCUGAGAAUGAAUCCCCACCAAUGGACAUACCCAGUUAUCAGCCCUCACACUCUGUAGACAGUCCUGAUGAUAUACAGCCAGGCCAACCAAACCAGGAUCGAGAACGGAUUACAAUAACCACAGAUAAAAAGAAGUCUAAAGAAAACAGAAUGGCUGACAAGGAGACAGUAAAACCAAAGGAGAAGAAACAAGCAUUUAAACAUGAUGUAGAAAAUGAUCAGUCCAUUCAAACAAACAACAGCAUGAUAAAUCCAAAUUCAAAAGAUAACACAAACCUUAAUGGUUCUAAAAAUAAAAACAAUACAGAGGUCUGCACCAGUCCAAGUGAUGCCAUUGCUGGAGCUACACAAGAAUUUAUCCCACAGCUUGGUUAUGAAGACAUGAUUGGUACAGCUCCGUUUUCACCUCACCUGUCUCCUAAUAGUACUGGAGGACAGAAAAGCCCUGAUAAUAAUUCAGGCAACAGUGUAUUAUUUCAAGAAACCUCUCCUAUUCUUAUCUCUAGCUCCGGUGAGACUAAUAAAAGCUCGUCAGAAACCCCUAGCAAUAGUGGAAAAGGAAGUGAGGAAAAUCCAAAGAAUUCCUCUGAGGAGCCUCAGUUUCAUCUAGAACCGCCUAUUGUAAGUCCUGAGACUCUGGCAGAAAAAAGUCGGGAAAGCCCACGAUUGCAAUGCAUGACUCGAUCUGCUAAGAAAACAUUUCAGGACCAUUUUGAAAUGAUGAUAGAAAGUGAAAGGUUGAAGGAUCUAGCAGGUGAAAAACAACCGAGAAGCAGGAAAAGAUUACUGGACGAAUCUAGUGAGGAUGAAACAAUGGAUAAGAGGAAGAAAAUAAGUGAUGGUGACCCUACAGUGACGGAGGAGAAAAAUAGUGAAAAAUCAAAUAUUGGGAAUAAUGGGGGCAGGAAAAGUUUUGUAUUUAAUGUAGUGGAUAAGUUACUCAAUCUUGUGGGCAGAAGCCCUGAUUCAAGUGGUGAAAAAAGUACAAAUGUGAAUGACGGAAAUUCUGUCGAUUUAGAUGAGAACAUUCUAAACUUAACAAAUUCAUUUUCUGGUGAGCCGUGUGAAGCGUCUCAGUCUUUAUUGCAGUCAAGUAAAAAAGUUAACACAGAAGGACUUCCGGAGGGAAAAAAACAAAGUGACUCACCAAAGAAAUCCAAAAACUCACCCAGAGUAUUAAGUGAGAGAAAUAUUACUGUGUGUAAAACCAUUCAGGAUGAAGGCGAGGGUAAGGAGACAGAGGGGGUGAUCUUGAUCAGUGACAGAAGCACGGAAGGUGACAGUCAGGAAGCUGGCCAGGAGACUUUACCUGAAAAUUCUGACAGGGAGGCAAAAGAACAAGCAAAAAUGAUAGAACAGGAUCAAGAAAUCUCAUCAUCUCUUGGAUCGGAGAUUCCAGUGGUGAUAGUUCUACCAAGGCAAGCUGAACCACAGGAUGAAAUUGGACAGAAAUUAUAUCAUCUUAAAUUACCACCUGACUUAAAGACUAGAGUAAUAAAUUACUGGAAAAAGUGAUUCAUAACAGUAUUGAUAUUGUUUAUUGUGAUUGAUUGUUAAUAAGAUUUUUCAGGCUAUGUUCACUUCUUAAUCUAUAUGUACUUAUAUAAGUAUGCCUUUACUUAAA